AUGUCUAACUCUGAGUUCAUGAAGAAUGGAAGCCUGUCCCUCUGCACUGAAUUCACAUUGGUGGCCUUUUCUUCCCUAGCAGAGCUGCAGCUUGUCCUCUUUUUUGUGUUCUUGGUUAUCUACUUGUUUACAGUGGGAGGAAACCUCACCAUCAUCUGUGUGAUCUGGACCACCCGUUCCCUACACACUCCCAUGUACUUCUUCCUGUCCAAUCUCUCCUUUCUGGAGAUGUGCUAUAUUAGCAGUGUGGUGCCUCAGAUGCUGGUUCACCUACUGGUACAGCUCAAGACCAUAAGUGUGGGAGGCUGUGCGGCUCAGAUGUAUGUAUUCGCCAUCUUGGGACUGACUGAGUGUUGCCUUCUAGCAACUAUGGCUUAUGAUCGCUUUGUGGCUAUUUGUUACCCGCUGCAUUACACACUGCGGAUGGGCCCUUCUGUCUGUUUGAAGUUGGCUGGUGCAUCUUGGAUGACUGGGAUCCUGGUAGAAUCAGCCCAGACCACCUGGAUCUUCAGUCUGCCCUUUUGUGGACCAGGAACAAUUCAGCACUUUUUUUGUGACAUCAUGCCUGUGGUAAAAUUAGCUUGUGUAGAUACUUCCCAGAAUGAAAUUGUGCUAUUUAUUAUUUCUCUUAUCUUCAUUAUGAGUCCCUGUCUUUUCAUUCUGUGCUCCUAUGUCCGCAUUAUUCUGACUAUAUUGAAAAUGCCCUCGGCAGCGGGCAGACAUAAAGCCUUCUCCACCUGCUCCUCUCAUAUCCUGGUUGUUUCUCUUUUCUAUGGCACUGCCUUGUUCACUUAUCUCCAACCCAAGAGUUCACACACCCCAGACACCGACAAGGUUACUGCUCUCAUGUACACUGUGGUCACUCCUGCCCUGAAUCCUGUUAUCUACACUUUGAGGAACAAAGAAGUGAAAGAAGCCUUUCAAAAGGUAAUGCAGAGGAAACUUCAUAGACAAAUGAACUAG